AUGCCGGACCCCUCGCUGCCCUACCAGUACUUUAUGAUGGGCGAGAUGAGCGCCACGGCGCCGUUCCGGCACAACUCGGCCCAAUACCCCAACCUCGACUGCAAGAUCUCGUCGGCCAUCUCCCAGCUCCCCGAUCGUCAGACCUGGCAGUGUACCGGGGACCGAGACGCGUUCUGCAAGGAAUGCUUCAGGGUCCGCGACGAGAUGGAUGCCGUUCAUCGCGGCAAGUAUAGGCAGCAGGGUUGCGAUUGA